UCCGUAACACCGCCUGUGCUGUCGUCAUCAAUGAGGAACAGGAACUCCACUGAGUUGCUAAACCGAACUUCAUAUGCGUUGAAGUUACAUCUCGAGCUUCAAAACCGAGGAACCAAGCUACCAUGACAUCUUUAACACAUUUUCUUCUAUUUCUGGCAUUGUGGACUGUUUCUUUUGCCGAUGACCAUGGCGAUUCGCCGAAGCCUGUCACCACUACAUCACCCCUACACAAGACUACUGCCAACACCACAAUCAGUCCUGAGCCCCAUAAAAACAUCAGCACCACCGCCGCAUCGAAAGUAAAACCCUCCGGCGCGGGCCGCUCUCUGGACGGCGACAUGAUUCGGAGGGCUCUGUAUGUUCUCAUCGGCAUCACGGCCAUCGGAGUUCUUUACUUUUUAGUGAGAGCGGUUCGUCUGAAGAAGCCGACAGGUCAAAGGAGGAAAUAUGGUCUCUUAACAAACCACGAUGACACAAUGGAGAUGGCCCACCUGGAAAGCGACGAAGAAGACAACACUGUUUAUGAGGCCAGUUCCUUCAGAAGAUGAGUCUCUGGGGGUAUUUAUUUGUUGCUUGCAGACAGAAGAAUGUGAUGAAGACAAUCCCGUUAUUUCCACUGAAAUGGUUGUUGGUGUUGUCAGUUUCAACAACCCUAGGAGGACCUAGGCAGGAUGACGGGAUGCCUUUUUCCAAGAAUAAAGUGGUUUACUUAGUUUGGACCAAUACAUGUUGGACUCAUGUAACCAAAUAGAUCUUCUUGGAAAUGUGUAUGAAGAUCAUGCAUUUUGUUUAUGGUGUGGGGUUAUUAGAGUAUCAACAUUUAUUUGGGAAUGAUUGUGCCAAAGCUACUUAUGCAUAAUGUUUCAGAGUUUUUUAUGGAUCCUAAACUCCUGGCUGAGUAAAUGGGUGUUAAUAAUUCAUAUUGUAAACAACUGGCCUGAUGUUCAGUUUACAUUCCCUGGAAAGCCUAAAAAAUGUUUGGUUAUUUAUGAGACUGUAAUAUUGUUUGGACUUUGUGUAUUUGCUGUUGUUUUAGAUGUUUGAUUGCGUUGAUUAUAAUGUUAUUUUUAAAAAUAGUUUUCUCUAAAGUUUCAGAUAUCUUUGUAUUUUCACUUUUCUUUCUGCUAUAAACUGCACUAUACUGGUUGUUGAUUUGAGAUAUGAAUUCUGAAAAUGUGGUAAAUUACCAGAUUUCAUGUUUAUUUUCAUGUUUAUGCCAAAUACCAGCAUAUAUAAGGGUUGCACUUUGAUUUUAGGGUUGCAUUGGUUCUCUCUUAAAAACUUAACUCGGCGGCAUCUGCCAGUCAUGAUAAUUAAUGACCAAAACAUCAUCAUACCAAUUUUUGUUAUUAGAAUCUAAACUAAAUUCCCACAUGGUUUAUUUAGGUCAAGUAUAUUUAUUCAUAUCAUUCCAUGUGUUAAGUGAGGAUUUAUUUUCUUACAUAAUACAGUUAAUCAUAUGGUUGAGAGGAAUGAAGUCUGACUAUGAAACUGUGCUCUUCCCACCUUUGUUAUUACAAUAGGUGUGAUUUGAGCUGUAUCUUAUGUUUUAUAAUCUAUAAUUGUAUUUGUGUGAAGAGCAUUUCAAUAGGCUGUCGGAAUUGAGAAUACACACAUAUGUACAAACAUAUCACUUUCACAUCUUGAAAUUCUGUGGCAUGUUUAUGUGCAAAAUGGUGCAUUGGGGACAAGGCUUUCCUUACUAAUAAUUACAUGUAGUGUUUCAUACACAUUUCCUGAAAUAUUGAUUUUCUGAUGCACGGAGUAUUUCUCUAUAAAUGUAUAAAGUAGAUAAUUGAAAUGACUUUGAGAUGUGCCUUCUAUUGAAAUUGGUCUCCUUUUUGUAAAUGAAUUUGAUUCUUUUGUAAUUAAAAACAUCAAAUUAUAUUCUCUA